AUGUCUCUUCUUUUGACAUUUCCAAAUUCCUUUUAUUUAUUUAUUCUUCAUAUCGUUUCUAUUCAAAUCGAUUCUGAUCCCUAUUUUAUAAUGUCGACAAAAUUUGAAACAACAAGCGAAUAUAUCGCAUUUGUAAUUCAACGAGCAAUUCCAUCUACGAUCUAUAAUUUAACAAAAUCUGCGGCUGACCUGGUAGAUUCACAAGUGAUACCUGAUCCUGACGUCUAUUUGGCCCUUCAACAGAGUGAAGAAUUUGUCCAACAAUAUUGUUAUAAACAGUGGUAUAAUGAGUGGGAAUAUCAUUGGCGUGGUGCGGCUACAGAACCAGAUCAUUGUGAUGAACCAAAUGCUCAAGUUGGUGCUAAUGAAGAUUACAUAUUUUAUAAUAGGCAGGUUUCAGAUUCAAUUUUAAAUAAUCUAGAAACAACACAAUUAGUAAACCACAUACUUGAUCUAUUAGAAUCUGAAAGUAAAACAUCAAAUAAUCGCUGGCAUGAUAAUUUUAAAAAAUUUUAUUUGCAAGGUGACGAUGAAGACAUAAAUUUGGUAACUUCACAUUGCGAUUUUUAUUAUACCGCUGCAUCGGUUGAGGAUUGUGAGG